GCGGUGUCUUCCUCUUUCUUCUUUGGAGGGAGAGAGCGCAAAGCUUUUUUCUGAGUAUAACCAUCUGAUAUUCAACACGGCUCGACUAAUUCAUAUUUGCAUUGUGUAAAGCCCAUUAAAAGGGGAAGCAGUUUCUUUAUUCUAAGGGCUCGAACCCGAAACCUCUGGUUAAAAAAAGAGUUCUCAUACAUCCCAACGCACUCCGGCACAUUAACAAAGCUUUCAUUUGAAGUACCAAUUAUAAUAUGAAUGAUGUGGAAGCUUUUAAUGCUAAUAAAGAUGAAGCAUGUCUUGCUACAAAUAAUAGAAAUGUGAAAGCCAAGUCGUCUUUGUCUCCUCUUCAAGAAGGAAUUUCAAAGCUCUUAUCUCAAUGGCCAGGCCUGCAAAUGGCUAUCCAAAAUGAAUGGGGUGGCCAAGAUUCUCCUCAAAAAUCAAAGCAGCUUUCCUUUGAUAUUCUUUCUUGUCUUUCUCAAUCGAAUGCAGCUAUUGGUGUAGAGGACGUAGAGAAUCUGCUUUACGAAAGAUUGCUACUUUCUUUCAAUACUGACAUCGAUGAUGGAAGCAUUGAGGAGGUAGCUGAGCAGUUAAUGACUCUUCGUGAAGAAUAAGUUCCAGGAAAUCAUCUUACACAAGCACGAAAUAAUUGUAUAGAUAUGGUAUUGCGUGGCAUUUUUUUGGAUGAAUUUUAUGAGAAUGAGAGAUGGAGGAAAUAAAAUGACCAUUGUCGGAGAAAAUUUUUUUUCUGCAAAGUUGGUUGUGCUCAAUUACUGUCAAUGCUCCUUUAUUUAUAUAUCGUAUAAUUCUUGUAUAAUAAUUUAUUAUACCCGUAUUAUACAAAAUUGAACAUGAAAGAUUACAGUGGCUCCGGUGAGUAUUGACAAUAUUAUAUAUAAUGUGUAUAAUUAUGUAAGC